AUGUGCGGUGGUGCGAUCCUCGCCGAGCUCAUACCGAGCACGCCGGCGCGCCGCAUCACGCCGGGCCACCUCUGGCCCGCGGCCAAGCAGCAGAGGGCCGACGACUUCGAGGCCGCAUUCCGGGAGUUCGACGGGGACUCCGACGAGGUGCAGAGCAAGCCGCUCGGGAAGCUGAGGAGGCAGCAGGAGGAGCUGCUGGCCGCGCCGGCGCCGAGCAGGGCCUCCGCUGAGGCGCCCGCAGUCGCCUACGACGCCGCCGCGCGCGACAUCCGCGGGCCCAGGGCCAAGCUCAACUUCCCCUCGCCCGCCGACGCCGCUCCUGCCGCCGGGCGCAAGCACGCCCGCGCCGCCGAGUUCGUCGACCUCGUCGCCGACGAAGAGGACGGCCAGCAGCGCUGCGCGGCGUCCGGCGUCAAACACGAGAGCGAGACCUCCGAGUCCGGCGGCGCCCUCCCGGACUUCUCUUGGCAGGGCGUGUCGGCGUACGACGAGUCCCCCGCCCCGGUGGCCGUCGAGGUCAAGGCCGGCGGGGCGGGGAAAGCUGCAACCAAACAAUAA